CGAAGUCAAAGCGUCGCCUCGGGAUAUGAAAGCCGCCUGCCAUGCAAGGUGGCCCUAGGGUGGAGUCAGCAGCAGGCUCCAGCCUCCUCUACAGGCUUUUCUUCUCCCCCUCCCUCUUCAGCUUCACUCUCUAUUUAUGACCAGUGGGAAGUGGAAUGAAAACAGGCGACAUUUGCUAACAUUUCCGACAAGUUUCAUCCACCUGUAUCGGUAGAAGCAGCAGAAUGGGGGUUAAGGAGGACAAAAAGAAAACAUGUGGAACCAUCUGCCUGAAAUACCUCCUGUUUACUUUCAACUUUCUCUUCUGGGUGGCAGGUGGAGUGGUGAUGGCAGUGGGUGUUUGGACCUUAAUGGAGAAGAGUGACUACAUCAGCCUUCUCCCCUCAAAUAUCUACGCUGCCUCUGCCUACAUACUGGUCAUAGCUGGAGUCAUCGUCAUGGUAACAGGCGUGCUGGGCUGCUGUGCCACUUUCAAGGAGCAGAGGAAGCUACUGCUAGUGUACUUGAUCCUGCUCGUGUUCAUCUUCCUAUUGGAGAUCCUUGCUGGUGUCCUGGCUUACAUCUACUACCAGCAGUUAAAUGAGGAGCUGAAGCAGAAUCUGAAGAACACCAUGAUCGAGAAAUAUGGUAAAGAGGACUCUAAACACAUCACCAAGGCUGUAGACAAGCUCCAGCAGGAGUUUAAGUGCUGUGGGAGUUUCAGUUCAUCUGACUGGGCAGAGAACCAGUGGAUUCACUUGGAAUCUGCAAAAGGUCGAGUUGUUCCUGACAGCUGCUGUAAGACUGUUGUAGACUUGUGCGGCACAAGGGAUCACCCCUCCAACAUCUUCAAGGUGGAGGGGGGCUGCAUGACUAAACUGGAGAAAUUCAUCCUGGACCAUCUGAAGAUAAUUGGAGCUGUGGGUGUUGGGAUUGCUUGUGUUCAGAUCAUUGGGAUGGUGUUUACAGGCUGCCUGUAUAAAAAUCUGAAGACUGAGCCAUACUAGAAGACAAGAGUAUGAGUGAAGGUGGUAACUCCGUCACUACUCAAAUAGCUCAUCGGUUCUUUCUGUGCCUUUCACACUGGGGAAGGAAAACGGCAAGAGAUUUAAUUGAACAUCUGAGGAUCUCAUUUUAGAAAACAAAGGAACAAAAACACGACAAAGUCCUUUUUUAAACGUAAUUAGGCUCUCAGAUUGCCAUCUCAGCUACGUCUUCAGCAUUGCAGUGAGAAAAAGCCUCUGAGAGGAACUGAUGGGAGUGUUAACACAGAUUGUUUAAAUUAGUGUAGAAUAGCCUCUUUGGGACUGAACACUGUAGUUUUUUUCCUGCUCUGCUUCCCACAAAUGUACUUUUUAUUAUACGGGGAGCAGGCAGAACAACCAAAGAGACGUGUAAAGAUCAGUAGAGUAAAUCUGACACUUUGCAGAAGGUGUUAAUCCAGUUCAGCUUUUCUGUACCAGAAACUUGAGCUUUACUCAGGUCUCCCCUGCAAAUCCAAAGACCUCUUUAUGUCCACGCUACUUAUCAAGUCAUGCAUUUCAAGUCUGUUCAUUAGGAUGGCUUUUUUAAACUUUCUAUCUCUUGUAAAAGGUCAUGUCCUUGAACGUUUAAGGUGCUCGCCUACUAAGUCAUUUUUCUUAUUUUAUUGCCUAAAGUGUCCUGUUUUUAUCAAGUUCUGUGUAAUAAAUGCGCUAGUGUCUGAACACA